UGUUUACAAAAUACCCUUGUUAUCAAAUAAGCAAAUUAUUACGUAGAUUUAAAUUGGUAAAUAUUCAUAGGUCAAAGUUAACGAUAACAUACCUAGCAAAAAGUUACGUAACAAGAGUCGUUGAAAAUGACAGGUUUAAUCGUGUAAAAAAUAUAAAUAGACUAUAUACUUGACAAGUAAAACGUUGUAAUUCACUAAGAUAAGCAGUGAGAUAAAAGUCCAUAAUAAAUAUUUCUACUUAGUUUUAUCCCAGACGGAAAGAACACUAGUUACUUACAUGAUGGGCAAUCGCAAGAGGGUUUUCGAUUUAUUACGGACAAUUAAUUUUGCGUCAUGUCAGUGUCCAGCUCAUGGUAAUCGAGGCAACAUUCAAGUAUCGAAUGCUACACCACAGAAAGACUAUGCUUUUGAAAUAAAAUGCUCAACUGUUCGAUAUGGACUUGGUGUAGUUGGUCAGGACCUGGCUAACAUGAAUUCAAAGAAUGUCUGCGUAAUGACAGACCCUAAUGUUGUCAGCUUAAAACCUGUGAAAGCUACACUUGACUCACUCACCAGAAACGGAAUCAAUUAUAAAGUUUUUGAUAAAGUCCGAGUUGAGCCUACUGACACAAGCCUCAAGCGAUGCAUUUGCGAUAGCAUUUGCGAGAAUGACUUCGAUAGUUUCGUGGCCGUCGGCGGCGGUUCCGUGAUGGACACGUGUAAAGCCGCCAAUUUGUACGCGUCAGACCCCGAAGCUGACUUCCUGGACUAUGUUAACGCACCGGUGGGCAAGGGAAAGCCAGUGAAUGUGCAAUUGAAACCAAUGAUAGCCAUUCCAACGACGAGCGGCACUGGCAGUGAGACGACCGGCGUCAGUAUCUUCGACUACGAGUCGAUCCACGCCAAGACUGGCAUCUCUCACAGCGCUCUGCGACCCAUGCUGGCCAUGAUCGAUCCUCUGCACACACUUACCAUGCCUGAGAAGGUGUCAAACUACUCUGGGUUUGAUAUAUUCUGCCACGCGCUGGAGAGUUUCACGGCGGUUCCAUACAGUGAGAGGACCCGCCCCAAUCCGGCGCUAAGGCCGACUUACCAAGGCAGCAACCCUAUAUCUGAUGUUUGGGCCAGAUUCUGUUUACAGACUUUGCAAAAAUACUUCGCUCGCUCGGUCUACAACCCAGAUGACUUGGAGGCUCGUUCGUGCAUGCACCUCGCAGCCACCAUGGCUGGCGUGGGCAUUGGCAAUGCUGGAGUGCAUCUAUGCCAUGGCCUCGCCUACCCCAUCGCUGGAAACGUCAAGUCGUUCGUGCCCAAAGACUAUGGUUCAGCUCCAAUCAUCCCCCAUGGUCUAUCGGUGGUGAUGACAGCGCCCGCUGUGUUCCGUUUCACGGGUCCCAGUGACCCAGCCAAGCACUUGGAAGCCGCCAGUAUUCUUGGCACAGUCUCCAAUACGAAGGAAGCUGAUGCCGGCCAAGUGUUAGCUGACACCAUCCUCAAGUAUAUGGACACUAUGAAGAUUGAAAAUGGACUGAGUACUCUUGGAUAUAGCAGUGAUGAUAUUCCUGAUUUAGUCAAAGGAGCAUUGCCACAGAAACGUUUGUUGAGUAUGACGCCUCUGCCUCAAACUGAAGAGGAUUUAUCCAAACUGCUGGAGGACUCACUCACUAUUUAUUAAUUACAAGUGAGCUGCACUCGUUACUUUUGCACUCUGUUCAUAUUUGUAAAUAGAUUGAAGAAGUUUAAAAUAUUUUGUAUAUCAUGAACGUGUUAUAUGCCCAAUCAGAGAUUACAAUAAAAUAUUGUUAUCAAUAUUUUUUUAAUAAAAUGUUACGACUACGAA